AUGAUCACCAAUAUCUCAACACUUUCCUUACCAGAGAGUACUGUCUCCAACCUUCAGAGCACCGAAAGUCAUGAAGAUUUCAAACUACAGUUCCAAAUUGAGAGCGUUCGUUUAAGUAUCAUCCUGGAUAGUAUGCUGUCAAAGGUGUACAGACCGUGGCAAUGCAAACUGCCUCACGAUGAUCAGGGUGCUGUCGCUCCCACAGAUAUCAGUAGUCAAAGCAUGGACGUCUUUGCCGAGCUACAAGGGAAGCUUCGGGUUUUCGAGCUUGAACUUCCAAAAUUCCUCUCCUGGCAUGAACCUAUGGCUAGAGAGACAAUCCCGCCACACGAAGCUACGAUUCUCGUCAUUCAGAGAAAUGUGCUACGGUCACG